AUGCUUCGCGGAGGUAAUAAGGCCUCUGAAAGGCGAAGACACUUGAGCAACAUCCUCAGCUGUCGACAAGAGCAGGCGCUGAGCAGCAGCAUCUACCUGCUGCGAGAGAUGGGCCCCACCGGCUUCCUGCUGCGGGAGGAGGAACCGGAAAACAGAGAAUUCCGAGUUUUUUUAGGAAAUCCUCAUGUUUGUAACUGUCCCACAUUUCUGAAAGGAGGAGAACUUUGCAAGCAUAUAUGCUGGAUAUUGUUGAAAAAGUUCAAGCUUCCAAGGAAUCAUGAAUCUGCUUUCCAGUUGGGUCUUGUAGAAGGAGAAAUAAAUGAUUUGCUGCGGGGGAUACAUCGAGUUCAGACUCCCCAAACAGGAACAAAUGAUGAAAAUGCACAUGUUAAAGAAGAUGAGUGCAUUAAACAGAAGGAAAUUGGCUCAGAGGAUAUCUGCUCUAUUUGUCAAGAGGUACUUUUAGAGAAAAAGCUUCCUGUCACCUAUUGCAGGUUUGGCUGUGGCAAUAAUUUUCAUAUAAAAUGCAUGACAAUCUUAGCUAAUUAUCAGAAUAUGACAUCAAAUGCUUCCAUGUUGAGAUGUCCUCUGUGCAGGAAAGAAUUUGCACCAUUCAAACUUAUUUUGGAAGAAUUGAAGAACUCAAGCAAACUUGUGGCCGCAGCUGAGAAAGAGCAACUGGACAAACACCUUGGAAUUCCCUGUAAUAACUGUGAACAGUUUCCAAUUAAGGGAAAGUGUUAUAAGUGCACCGAGUGUAUAGAAUAUCACUUAUGCCAGCAAUGUUUUCAUAGCAGCUGCCAUCUUUCUCACACAUUUACAUUUCGGGAGAAGAGAAACCAAAGAUGGAGAUUACUGGAAAAAAGAUCAGAUGAAAAAUACGUAGAUUCUGAAAAUGAGAUAGAAGAAAAGAUGCCACAUUUUCAAGAAAAGCAAGGCCAGGUUUACACACCAAAACAUGCUGUGAAGUCACUGCCUCUCAGACUGAUUACAAAGAAUAGUAGGCUACGUGCUCCAGGCUACCAGUGUCGACUUUGUUUGAAGGCAUUUCAUCUUGGUCAAUAUAUAAGAUGGCUACCGUGUACCCACAAGUUUCAUAGGAAAUGUAUUGACAAUUGGUUAUUCCACAAGUGCAAUUCAUGUCCUGUUGAUGGGCAAGUUAUAUAUAACCCUUUAAUCUGGAACAAUACAAGAAAGAAUGGACAAAACCAACAGUCUGCUUUGAACAUAGACAUCACUCAUUCAUCAAAGCAGGAAGAAUCACAACUUUUUAUUCCUGGCACUGGAUUAAUCUUAAAACAAAAUAAACCUGGAAUUUUGCCCAGCAUAUCUCAACUUAAUUCCAAGAAACUGAAUAAACCUCAGAUUCCAACAAAUACCUGUCAGAAUGUAACAGUAGAAGAUCUAUGCUCUAUCCAAUUAGAUGAUUCAGAUUCAAGAAAAUUACUUUAUAAAUAUAAAAUUAGUCAACAUUUCCCAAGGUAUUUUCAAGAUUUACCCGCUAGAUCAUUUGGGAAAACAUCAUCUCAAACAUUACUUCCUCCUAUUGGAUAUAAGAAUAUUUUAUGUCCCACUGGAAUGGAAAGCUCACACAUCAGGGAAGAAUACCAAACUGGUCAAAGCCAGAAGAAGACCACAGGCUGUAAACGUAUUAACCACAUUCCAGAAAAGACUCUUGAUAUGAAAAUAGGAGAAGACAAGAGAUCUAAUACUUUACUUUCAGAGGAUUUAAAUCUUACUGCCAUUCGUGGUACAACUAAACUUUGUUUGUCUAAAAGGUACAAUAAUUAUAUACGAAAAAUUAGACAAAAAUGUAGUCAGCUAUCAAGACAAACUGGAUCUCACUCUUUAAAUGCGAAAAGUACAGAGCUAUCUUUAAUGUUAGAAGGAGUUCAGUUGUGA